AAUGCUAGGGGUACCAAUUUGGGGUACCCCAUUUUGUACACCAUGCAUUCUAACCCUUUAAAACGAAAGGUCUGGUUGUGCCUUCAAACAUAAAAAAAGGUCUCCUGAAAAACAAGAUGUCGAAAUGGGAAAACUGAAAAAGGCAACAUGGAAUUCUGCGACGAUCUAUAACACCCAUGGAAAGGCUUCAAGAAUUCCGGCAGCUUCACUCGCAUGAUGGUCGAGUUCUAGGACGUUGAGGCCAGGAGAGUGAAUUCAGCGAGUUCUAUUCCCAAUCCAAUCAGACAGUUAGCUCGUAUAGAACAGUGAAGUUUCAUUGGGAUUCCCGAAGAUAUAUUGGUUAAAUUUCUUACCGUGGAGAAUACUCAUAGAAGGUCGUGUCCCAUGAGCAUUCAGAUGCCUCUCUAUGAGUGGCAUCUUGUGAAAUUCCAUGCUCCGAGCUGUGUAUGUUUGUGCAUUGGGAUGUCGGAAGUUUGAGAAAUCAAGAGGGAAGAAGAGGGUUGAGAGAUGUCAUCUAGAUCAGGCACAAAGAGGACAAGCUCUGAUCGUUCAAGGCAUGAUGCGCGUGUUGUUUCUCAGACGCUUAUUGAUGCUAAGCUUCAUGGGGACUUUGAGGAGUCUGAGGAAAACUUUGAUUAUUCAACAUCUGUCAAUCUAUCCAAUACUGCCAAUUUCCCUUCCUCAACUGUGUCUGCUUAUCUCCAGAAGAUGCAAAGAGGAAGUCUCAUACAACCGUUUGGCUGCUUGAUAGCCAUUGAUAAAAAGAAACUUGCUGUUCUUGGGUUCAGUGAAAAUGCAGCAGAAAUGCUGGAUUUGGCACCAUGUGCGGUUCCAAGCAUUGAACAGCAGGAAGCACUGACUAUCGGCACUGAUGUUAGGACUCUCUUUCGUUCAACUGGGGCUGUUGCGCUUGAAAAAGCAGCUAGAUUUGAGGAGGUCACGUUGCUCAAUCCCAUUCUGGUUCACUCCAGAAAUUCCGGAAAGCCCUUUUAUGCAAUUUUACACAGAAUCGAUGUUGGACUAGUUAUAGAUUUGGAACCUGUAGAUCCAGAAGAACUCCCCGUGACAGCUGCUGGAGCUAUGAAAUCAUAUAAACUAGCAUCCAAAUCCAUUUCCAGAUUGCAGUCGUUGCCAAGUGGAGAUAUAUCAUUGCUGUGUGAUGUUCUUGUUAGAGAAAUGGCAGAUUUGACAGGUUACGACCGCAUCAUGGUUUAUAAAUUCCACGAGGAUGAUCACGGUGAAGUUGUUGCUGAAUGCUGCAGCAAGCCUGAUCUUGAACCUUAUCUUGGACUGCAUUACCCUGCAACUGAUAUACCCCAAGCCUCUAGAUUUCUUUUCAUGAAAAACAAGUUGAGGAUGAUAUGUGAUUGCUUAGCUCCGUCGUUUAAAGUGGUACAAGACAAGAUGUUGGUUCAACCUUUAAGCCUGUGCGGGUCCACGUUAAGAGCUCCCCACGGAUGCCAUGCACAAUAUAUGGCUAAUAUGGGGUCCAUUGCAUCUCUAGCAAUGUCCGUGAUGAUCAAUGAGAACGGUGAUGAGAUGGCUUCUGAGGAUCAAGAAAAUGGAAGAAAACUAUGGGGGCUGGUGGUUUGCCAUCAUUCAAGCCCUAGAUUUGUUCCAUACCCCUUGAGGCAUGCAUGUGAGUUCUUGGUUCAAGUUUUCAGUGUUCAGAUCAAUAAGGAAGUGGAAGUAGCAACCCAACGUCAUGAGAAACAUAUCUUGCGAAUCCAAAUGGUACUUUGUGACAUGCUACUUAGAGAUUCUCCCGUGGGGAUCGUCACCAAGUCCCCUAAUAUUAUGGACCUUGUCAGAUGUGAUGGGGCGGCACUUUACUAUAGGGACAAGAUAUGGCUGCUUGGGUCCACCCCUACGGAGCCCCAAAUUAGAGACAUAGCAAAGUGGCUUCUUGACUCUCAUGGAGGUAGUACAGGGCUAAGCACCGAUAGCCUCAUGGAAGCUGGCUAUAAUAAUGCUUCCACUCUUAGUGACUUAGUCUGUGGAAUGGCUGCUGUGAAAAUAACUUCAAAUGAUUUUCUCUUUUGGUUUAGAUCUCACACGGCAAAAGCAAUUAAGUGGGGCGGUGCAAAACACGAUCCAAUGGACAAGGAUGACGGGAGGAAGAUGCAUCCAAGAUCAUCCUUCAAAGCAUUCCUGGAGGUGGUUAAGAAGAGUCUGCCUUGGGAAGAUGUGGAAAUGGAUGCGAUUCAUUCCUUGCAGCUGAUAUUGAGAGGUUCUUUGCAAGAUGAUAGGUGUAGAAUGAUCGUGGAUGUAUCUACUCCUGCUGCGGACCCCACCAGUAUGCAGACGGCUGAUGAGCUUCAAAUCGUGACAAAUGAAAUGGUCCGCCUUAUUGAGACUGCUUCUAUACCCAUUUUGGCUGUAGAUGCUUCGGGUUGUAUCAAUGGGUGGAACAGCAAAGUGUCUGAGCUAACUGGUUUGGCUCUAGGACAAGCUAUGGGUUUGCCCUUAGUUGAUUUGGUUCUCACAGAAGCUGUUGGCACCAUUACAAGUGCUCUUUCACUUGCUUUGCAAGGCGAAGAGGAGAAAAAUGUUGAAAUCAAACUAAAAAAGUUUGAUUCUAAAGAAAACGAAGAUCAUGUUGUUCUGGUAGCAAAUGCAUGUUCGAGCCGGGACACGAAAGGAGACAUUGUCGGAAUUUGUUUUGUAGGACAAGACGUUACUGGAAAAGAGUUGAUUAUGGACAAAUAUAACCGUAUACAAGGAGAUUAUGCGGGGAUCUUGCAUAGCCCUUCUGCAUUAAUUCCUCCCAUCUUCAUGAUGGACGAGCAUGGUCGAUGUUUGGAAUGGAACGAUGCAAUGCAGAAGUUGACUGGUUUGAAGAGGGAUGAGGCCAUUGGUCAUAUGAUUCUGGGUGAAGUCUUCACAGUAAGCAGCUUUGGUUGCAAGGUCAAAGACAAUGACACACUGACCAAACUCAUGAUAUUAUUGAAUGGAGUACUGGCAGGGCAGGAUUUACAGGAGCUGAUCUUUGGGUUUUUUGAUAAGAAGAAUAAAUAUGUUGAAGCGUUAAUCUCGGCAAACAAAAGAGCUGAAAUGGCAGGGAGGGUUAGUGGGGUCCUGUGUUUUUUACACGUCCCCAGCCCAGAACUUCAGCAUGCAAUACAUGUUCAAAAACUAUCUGAACAAGCAGCUGCAAAUAGCCUAAAAAACUUGGCUUACAUUCGGCAUGGAAUCAGAAACCCGUUGAAUGGUAUAAAAUAUGUUCAGGAUUCGAUGAAAUCUUCCAACUUAAGCAAGGAUCAGUCGCUGCUUCUGGAGACCAGUGUGUCUUGCCAAGAACAACUGGCCAAGAUCCUUGAUGAUACCGAUAUUGAAAGUAUCGAGGAAUGCUACAUGGAAAUGAACUGUAUCAAGUUUUGUCUUGGUGACACGAUAAAAGCUGUGGUGAACCAAGCUAUGAUUCCAAGUGUGGAGUGGCAGGUGGAGGUCGAGUGUGAUUUCCCCUUUGACCCAUCGUCUUUGUUCUUGUUUGGAGACAAUUUGAGGGUUCAACAAGUGCUCUCCGACUUCUUGACAGCCGCUCUACUCUUCACACCCCAUUUUGAAGAUUCGUCCGUUCUGUUCAGCGUUAUUCCCAGAAGGGAGUCCCUAGGAGCAAAAAUUCAUCUACUGCAUCUUGAGUUUCGGAUCACACACCCGGCCCCGGGGAUUCCAGAGGAGCUAAUCCAGGAGAUGUUCAAGAGGAACAGAAACAUGUCGAGGGAAGGUCUUGGUUUGUAUAUAAGCCAUAAACUUGUUAAGAUUAUGAAUGGCACUGUACAGUAUGUUCGCGAGACCGAGAGGUCUUCCUUCAUAAUCUUUGUAGAAUUUCCAGUAGCAUGAGCCACCUGAUAUAUUAAACAAAACUUGUAGUAUCAAUAUAUAUGGAGAGAAGCACAAAUAAUGGUUAUUAUGAUUGUCAUCUAUUUCUGGUGCACCUUUACUGAGAACUACUGAGUAUUGUACUCAGAAUAAAGACAUGAAUAAUUC